UUCCGUAAACGUUUCCAGAGGUGGAAAAGGCUUGUCUUUAGUAUGAUUUUGAGCAUUGGUAGAGCUACACUUUCACUGGAAUAGAGGAUUGGCCUUCUCAAUCUUUGUAGUACCAGACCUGAAACUGCAGCAUCAUGGAAACCGAGUAUUCUAAAAGGGUCUAUCAAGGGGUGAGGGUCAAGCACACAGUGAAAGAUCUACUGGCAGAGAAACGACAAAGUCAAACAAAUGGACCAAGAUACAGUGGAGGAACAUCCAGCCAAUCAUCAUUUGUUCAAAUGCCAGGGUCUCACRUGAUCCCUAGCUACUACGGCAUGAGGCGACCUUUCAUCUCCGACUCGGACUUCUCUCCCAAGCAGUUCUCGGGCGAGGUCUACUCCUCAUCCCUGGGUGGCAAGCCUCUAGGUUGUGACCCAUCGGCCAUGUCUGGCUACCAGUCCGUCAUAGACAGCUACUACCCGGAAACGUUCGGAGACUACCGUAGUGCAGCCUUCACCACCGGAGGGAGCUCCAUCUUCCCCAGCUCAGCCCUGUCCACUCUGCUACCACCUUUCUCUGGAGAGUCCCCCCACUUUCUCCUGAGAGAUUCGUGGGAGCAGUCAGUGGCAGACCCAGUGACCCAGGGAGAGGGCUUGUGUGCAGACAGCCUGACCUCUGUUCCAGUCUCCCUGCCCAGCCCCGACCCUCCCGGGAGCCCGUCACAGUACCGCUGCUCCACCCGUAGCUCCUCCAUGGCCUCGGCACAGCCCUAUGCCCUUCACCCUCUGGAAGAAGUACACUACCACACCUCUUACCCUGCUGCCUCCACUUUCACAUGCCCUUCCUAUAUGACUGUCUCCAACGACCUAGCCUCCAAGAUGGCCCCUCUAGCUAAUGAGGACUCUGACAGUACCCUCGCCACACAUAGUGACACGCACUCGUGGGUGAAAGAAGAUGGUGGAAGCUCUUGGUCGCCAUAUGAGAUUCGGAGGUCUUAUUAAAUCCAUUUGGAAACAUCCUGUCCUUCACAGAAAACCAAAACAAUGCAGAUGCAAGUGACUCAGCUCCUUGUCGUCCAAAUAUUUGACUUUGUAGACUUUGCUAAUAUUUUUAUAGAAGUACAAAGUGGAACGUUUUCUUAUUUGACCCUCCUAAGUCCCCUGGUGACAUUAUGGUAUGUAAGAACUAACUCACUGGGCACACAAUGGUUGAAUCAAUGUUGUUUACACGUCAUUUAAAUGAAAUUAUGUCGAACCAACGUAAAAUAGACAUUGAAUUGACCUCUGUGCCCAGUGGGAACCCUUUGCAUGGGCACGUGACAAUGUAAAGGACCAGUUAGGAUUCAGUGGUUAGACCUAGAAUAACUGUGCCUGUGUUCAAAUGUUUGAAAUAGAUGUGCUUUUAUAUAGUCAUUAUAUUAGGAAAACAUCAUUUUAAUUGAUAUACUGCCAUUGCGACAAUUGCAAUGAGCAUUUAUUUUUUGCUAAAGGUCGUUUUACUUUAACCUUCUUCUUUACUUUAUCGCAUCUUGUUGUCAGCUUUAAUAACCAAAUCAGAGUUUAUCCAACUGUAUCUGCUUCAUGUGAGCCUUUACUCUGUGAAGCUUUGGUAAUGAAUGUGUAUGUUUUUUGUUUCUGUUUUUUAUAUUUUAGGAGCUUGUUGCAAUGCAUUCAUUACUAGUAAUAGGCAGCAGUGACAAUUCAAAGAAAAGUCUUGAAUAUAACGAAAGACAAUCAGAGAUGACCAUCUACAGGAUCCUUCAAGAAGUGAGUGGGAAUCUAUACCUGAAUAUUUUACAUUCAGAGACAAUGCAGGGAACGGAAUUGGUCAAUAGAUGCAAGUGAUUUACCAUACUCCCAGUUCCUGUGUUUUGCUUUUCAUUUCAAGAAAUAAACAACAUAGAUAAUGUAUUGGGAAGUAGAAUGUGUAUUAUAAAUCCAAUAUAAUAAAAGAGACUGCAAUAAAUGCAUGAAAAUUAAACAUAUUUUUGGCUAAAAUUACACAUGAAAAAAAAUACGAUUUUGCCACUACAUUCAAUUAAGACGGGGAGCCCUUUACGUAUAUCCUACUCUAGAUGGCGCAGUUGUUUCAUGUUACCUCUUCUCUUACGGUACCAGCGUAAUGUAUGGGGAGGAAAUUGCAACCCCAGAAAAUAAAAAUUAAAACAUUGUAACGUUAGAUAUUAUAUCAGAACACUAGCAUAAUAUUCUUGGCAGUUACGAUAAUGGGCCUAGGUCCUACUUUAUGGAAGGUGAGAAGUUGGUCAAGACGCCAAUUCAACUACCCAUUGGAGAUGAUGGGCUUUAAACCUACAUGGUAGGAUCAUUGCAUAGGCCCUUACCAGUAUAAAUCAGGAAAGGCAAUAGAUUGUAUUGGGCAUAUAGUGUGUGUAUUUUCUCAAUAUAUGAAUGAUGAUAAUGAUAUAUGAUACCCCAAAACGGAAAGCUAAGCUAUUUUAAUUAAAACUAGGUAUAUGUUUGUGUUUAUUGUUUGUAAAUUGUUAUUCAAAUGUAGGCUAACAAUGGCAAUGGAAGAACACUUCUAGGAAACGGUUUUCGCUAAGGCAAUGUGCUCAUGUUUUCUUAAAAUAUUUGAGUGAAAAUUGCCUUCUGAUAACAUGUUGUUUGUUCAUAUUAUAUGUAUUAAGUUGUAAACUCUUAUACAUUAAAACAGGCAUGGACAGUAACCCUAUUCCAAUAAGUCUAUAAAUUGAAAAUACUUUGCCCACAUCUAAGUAGGCCCAGGAUUCACAAGUAGAGCAAUCAAGGAGUCUCCUCAUAGAAUUCAAAUUAUAUCAGACAUAUGUAAACAGAGUUUUUGCAUUGAAACUCAUUUGUAAAACGUUUUCUGGAUUCGAAUGAUGCUAGGCUACUUUAUAGAUAGUCUAUACACUCUAUAUAUUUUAUAGGCUAUCUAUAAAGUAGCCUAGCCCUGGGAUGUCAAAUCAGGUUUCACAUGUGAAUGACUGAAACGUUCAGUCUAGAUAGUUAUAUGAAUAAUGAAUAUAAUUAAUGUAACUAAACAAAAUAAUGCUAAAACCACUGUAAUAUAAUUGGUAACACAUGGGUGAUGUGAGCUCCGGGGAUGGGGAGCAUGCACUUGCUGAAGGAGCAAUGGAGUCAGUGAUGGCAGAAAUGGCUGCUACUAUAUGCCACGCCCACAGCCGAGACAUUUAAUAUUUUGUUGUUUAAAAUAAGACUAAAAAUUUAUGGUCAUAACGUGUUGAUGUGCUUAUCCAUCCUGAAAUACAUAUGAUCUGCGAUGUGUAAUGGUUGGUGAUGUUUAGAUAGAGCAUCUUACCGUUACUUUCCUGUAGGGCCUCAUUAUGAAGGGGGACUGAUGGCCAGAUUGGCAAAAGAUGGAUAAAAUGUUUAAAAUAUCAAUUUCUUUUCGGUUUGGGUAUAAAAUAGUGCUGUAUUCUAUUAAAUGGAAUGUUAUUUUAAGUACAUAUGUAUUGAUUUAUACUGAAAAAUAUGUAUUUUUGUGUAGCCUUUGAAUAUUCAAAUUGAAAGUAACGCGCAAUCAAAUCAUUGUCAAAUCAUUGAGUUCUAGGGGUUUUAAAAAGUAGGCAUGGAGAGAAAAUUUCACAAACUAAUACAUCCCUAGCUAUAUUAGGAUAUUAUUGUAUGCUCUGAGACAGUUUUAAGACUUGUGUGUUGAGAAUUUGUGGGAUUUUUAUGAAUAUUUCAUUAUAGCCCAUAUAACUGAGCUAGAAAAGGACAUUGUGGAAUCUCAUAACUGCUCUUCUUCCAGGACUCUUUCUUAAAUUUUACAACAUGUCUGAUAAGCCAAAGGUGUACCAGGGCGUGCGGGUGAAGACAACUGUUAAAGAGUUGCUGCAACAGCAGAGAGCUCUCCAGACAGCAAUCAAAACUGUUAGAAUGAAAUCCCAGAGCUUGGCGAGUCAGGAUGUUUGCGUCUCCUCCUCUUUGCCAGGCCAUUAUUUUGAUUAUUUCCCUCAAGAGAUGAAUUCCAACGGCAGCUUUCAGCCGCGGGCCUUUCCAGACAGCAACGUUCAGAUGGAAAGCUUCGAUAAUCAACAAUUGAUAAGCAUGAUGAUGCCCAACGAGACCUACAGCAGUGGUAUUGUGCAUCCCGCUACCUCAACAAAACUUUGGCCCCAGGAAAAUCACCCCCUGAAUAUGGACUAUUGCGUCAAUGGCAUGGCUCCCAGGUCACCAUCAGGUUCUCUAAAUAUGUCAAGUUCGGUCGAUUACAAUAGUUAUUCGCCACAGGAGUCUUACUCUUCGUCGUGUUACAACUCUCCGAACAGAAUGGACUCUAGUUAUGGGUUUGUUCCAGAGCAUUACCACUACCAGCACUGCAACCUCCAGCACUGCUACUGCCUGUCCCAUUGGUCGGGUACCCAGGAGAGCAUCUCCACUCCAGAAUACGCUAUUUAUGGCACAACAGACUGUGUACACGCCUCACCUGUGGAUGCCAGCUAUUUCAGGCGGGAAUUGUCAAGUUCAGAGAUGUGCUACCUUUAAAGAUCCUCUCGGUCUUUGUUUUCUGUGUAAAUACAGUAGAAUGUACAGUGAAAACAAUGUCUGUAACUCGAUGCCAAACGGUUGCACUUGUGGCACUUGUUUUAAGAUGUAGGCCUGCUUUGCAUUUCGGAGUGUUUGGUGUCAGAGUUUCCUCUGAGUUUCUCUUUUUGUUAUGAUUGUUAUGAUUAGAAUCCAUGAGUUUGGAUAAAUGUUGCAAAUGUAUGGGCUUAGAGCUAUCUAGUUAGUUAUUGACUGUGAUUUAGAUAUAUAAAAACACAUCUAAUGAUGUCAUCCUGCUUUUUUACAAGAAAGUAUAUAUUUUUUUAUGGAUGCAGUCAUUUUGUAAAAUAAUUGAAAAGCCUACCCAAAGGAAAUGAGCGUCAUCCCCUUCAACUCAAUAUUUAGUUUCCCUGUUCAGAUGCACACAGAAACUUAGUUAGAAACAUUAACUUAAAUUGAGUUUUUCAAGUAAUCAUAUUUACUGCUAAAACCAGCCCCUUGUUGGACCCAAAUAAAAACCACUACACCUGCCACCACAUUAACUAGAUUGAAAGAUAAAUGACAAUAGACAAGCGAUAAUGAUAGAGAAUUAAUAUGUAUAGUGCUUGUCGUUACAAAAAUAAUUUGAGAGACCAUAUAAAAASUGAAGAAAAA